AGGGGGAGCCCCAAGAUGCAGCAGCGCUCAGCAGACCCUGUAUCAGACCCCGCCUUUCUAUUCAGGCACUCGCACAGCCACCUCCCUCACCGGGGGCCUCACGCGCUGCUGGGCGCCGCCAUCGCGCCGUCUCCUAUCCCUCUGGGCGCCGCCAUCUUGUGCCCUCCCCGUCCAGCGCGGGCGCCGCCAUCUUGCGCCCUCCCCAUGCACGCGUCGGCCAUGGCGGGGCUGCUGUGCCGCCUGCUCCUCUGCCUGGCGGCUUUGGGGGCCGCCUCCGCCGACCUGCAGCUGGACGAGGUGCGGCGAACCGUGGACCUGAGCACCCACCUGGCCAAGGUGUCGGCCGAGCUCAGCCUGGCCAACGCACCGUCCGGCCCCGCCGCCUCCUCCUUCUUGCUGGCUCUAGAGCCGGGCCUGGAGCCUCGCCUGGCCUACCUGGGGGUGCAGGUGAAGGGUGAGGAAGAGGAGGAGAACAUCUUGGAAGUGAAAGAGACGAAAGUGAAGGGGAAAAGUGGGAAGUUUUUCUCUGUGAAGCUGCCAUCUCCUUUGGCACCUGGGGCCAAGGUCCGAGUCUCUGUUGAAAUGGUUUUCACACACGUCCUGCAGCCUUACCCCACUCACAUUACCCAGAGCGAGAAGCAGUUUGUGGUCUUUGAAGGAAAUCAUUAUUUCUACUCACCAUACUUCACCAAGACCCAAACAACUCGUGUCAAACUGGCCUCAAGGAAUGUAGAGAGUUAUACCAAACUGGGAAACCCUUCCCGCACAGAAGACAUGAUUGAAUAUGGUCCCUUUAAGGACAUCCCUCCAUACAGCCAGGACACUCUGAAGGUGCACUAUGAAAACAACAGUCCAUUCCUGACCAUCACCAGUAUGACCCGAGUUAUUGAGGUGUCCCACUGGGGAAACAUUGCAGUUGAAGAGACAGUUGAUUUAAAGCACACAGGAGCAGUGCUGAAAGGGCCCUUCUCCAGAUACGACUACCAGAGACAACCAGACAGCGGAAUCUCUUCUGUCAAGUCUUUCAAGACCAUUCUCCCAGCUGCUGCUCAGGACGUCUAUUACAGAGAUGAAAUUGGAAACAUUUCCACCAGCCACCUGCUGGUCCUGGAUGACUCUGUUGAGAUGGAGAUCCGUCCCCGCUUCCCACUUUUUGGGGGUUGGAAAACCCAUUACAUCAUUGGCUAUAACCUGCCAAGCUACGAAUACCUCUACAAUCUCGGCGAUCAGUAUGCCUUGAAAAUGAGAUUUGUGGACCAUGUGUUUGAUGAGCAAGUUACAGAUUCUCUGACUGUCAAGAUUGUACUUCCAGAAGGUGCCAAGAAUAUCCAUGUGGACAGCCCCUAUGAAAUCAAUCGUGCUUCAGAUGAGCUUCACUACACAUACCUGGACACUUUUGGACGCCCAGUUAUUGUGGCACACAAGAGCAACCUGGUGGAGCAGCACAUCCAAGACAUAGUGGUCCAUUACUCCUUCAAUAAAAUACUGAUGCUGCAGGAACCUCUGCUGGUGGUUGGAGCUUUCUACAUCUUGUUCUUCACUGUGAUCAUCUACGUGAGGCUGGACUUCUCCAUCACUAAGGAUCCAGCUGCUGAAGCUCGGAUGAAAGUUGCCUGCAUCACAGAGCAAGUGCUUACUCUGGUAAACAAGAGACUUGGGCUGUACCGUCAUUUCGAUGAAGCAGUGAAUAAAUACAAACAGUCACGGGACAUCUCCACCUUAAACAGUGGCAAGAAGUCUUUGGAGACAGAACAUAAGGCCCUGACAAAUGAAAUAGCUGGUCUGCAGUCUAAACUGAAGACAGAAGGCUCUGACUUAUGUGAUAAAGUAAGUGAGAUUCAGAAGCUGGAUGGCCAAGUCAAGGAGCUUGUUUUGAAGUCUUCGGUGGAAGCUGAGCGGCUUGUAGCUGGCAAGCUCAAGAAGGACACCUACAUUGAGAAUGAAAAGAUGCAUUCCAACAAGCGUCAGGAUCUGGUCACCAAAAUUGACAACAUCCUCGAUGCGCUGUAAUUCUCCAGUAUAGCAGUCAGGUGGAGGGGAGAGGUGUGAAAGGAGAUGAGAAGCCUGGGAAUAGAUACACAUUGAGCCAAAACUCCUUCCCAGAAAAAAAUAAGGAAAAAAAAAGUUAAUGUGAAAAAUAUCUGCAAGUAUGUUUUAUUUUUAGAUUGUUCCAUCGAGCCUGUCUGCUCAGCAACACCUGCUGUGCAAGGGACCACAGUAUCAUACUGUUUGGCUGGUAACAGGGUUUCUUUCCUAGAAGUGAGACUCAGCCUGGUGACAGAAGUCUCCCACUUUCAGUUUUCCCUGUAUAGAUGUGUCCUGGCCAAGCUGACACAGCACAGACAUGCUCAUGGCAAAUCCAGAUGUUGCAUCUCCUGAAAGAAUAAAAGAACCCUUUGUUCUACUUUGAGAUAAAA